AUGCGAUAUAGUUCAAGUGUAAGUGCCAAAUGCAUCUCAGUUUGUGUUGCACAUCGCAUAUCGCAUUUCGCUUCUACAAAUGGGUGCAAAAAGAUUUUGACUUGUUUGUACUUGAGGAACAUACCUAAAGCAACAGCAAUUGUCAAGAAGAAGCUGCGUUGUAACUCAAAUUGUGUUUCUUCUCAUAACCUUGCAGUGAAAACGUUGGCUAUGGAACAAGAUGCAAGUUAUUCAUUUAGAAGAUUGAGAUCUCUUAAGGCUCCAGGCACAUUUGAAGUCAGCCUACCGCUUAAUGAUCUCAAGUCCUUCAAUAAUACUAAAGAUCCAUCUACACUCAAGUUUUCCUCUGAACAGGAAGAACAAGCAGGUGUUAUGUUAGAAGCUUCUAGGUUGAACCAGGACUUUACUAUUUUGCGUUACCCUGAGUCGGCUCAACAGAGAAGAGUCAUAUUGUCUCACACGCCAGAGCUUUUGAGUUUGAAGGAAUCAAGAGUAGAGAAAGUUCAAUUAUCUGAAGAACUGGAAGAGGAAGAAAAAGAAGAAGAAGAAGAAGCUGGUGAUCUUAGCAGCAAAUUGGAGGGUAGUAAGUUCAAAUAUAGAGACGAUGAAAAUGAUGAAGAGGUAUUUUAUGAGGCUUCUCCUGUGAUGCAGAUUAAACCCUUUCUUCCCGCAAGUGAUUCUUUCAAUAAUUUUGAGCUUCAAGAAUACACCAACUUCAAGCUAGACUCCAGUAACAUCAUUCAGAGAAAGAUGGAUAGCGAAAUUUAUUAUCCUUCGCUUCUUCGGGAAUCAUUUUCUCCUAUUGUUGAAGUGAGGUUUGAGCCAAUGGGCAGGCCAUUGAUUUCCAAUUCUAUGCCAUUGAAUCUAGAGAUGCUCAUUUGUGAUGCAAAUCAAAUUAUGAUAAGAAAGUCAGCUCCAUUCUGUAAUAUUUACGAUAGCAAUACCUUUAGGCUACUUCACAUUUUGGAAUAUGAAUUCGACUUGCUUGAUGCAAAGGAGGAGGGCGCUAACGAAGAAGUAGACUGUGGGUGGUUAACAAAAUUCAGAAGAUUAGUAUUCGGGUAUCUGGAAUCAGAGUACAGUAUUUUAUAUCCUUGGCAAUACUUGAGCUCUUUCGAAGAAUCUAAAGGCGAAGUGUGUAGAAGCUGGGGUGAUGAUAUAAAUCUAGAUCAUGAUGAGGGGGGAGAAGAGAUGAUACGUGGGGAAGAAGAAGAGGAAAAGGAAGAUGAAGAAGAAAGUGAAGUGGAAGAACAUGAAGAUGAUGGAGACGGUCGUAGAUAA